AUGUGGAGGAGAUGGUCAUGGAGUUUCAUUAUCGUUGCUUAUGGAUCUGCACAGCCCCCUAGGGACCGGGUACGAUUGCACAACCAGCCAGUCGCUGAUAUUCACUAUGUGGUCAGCGUUUCAGACAUUGUGCCCGGUUUCGAAGCAUUUCCUCUUCCGCUGCCGAAUGCAGGAGUUGGUGUACAGUUAUUGACUGAUGCCCUUGGCAGUUAUAUUCUAUGGCCGCGUGCAUUGGUGCGGUUAUCAGAUCAGGGUUCGGGGAAGGCCGACAGGAAGGGAAAGAAGGUAGCUUCACCUCAGGGAGGCCGACGUGCCCAAGUGGAGAAAGUAAAUGUUUCUACGGCAAAGUCUCCACUCAUUACGGAUAUGGAGGUGGUGCAAGGCCUUACUCAACCGUGCUUCUGGCUACAUGAGUGCGUUAGCGAUGACAUGAAGCAAUGA